UUGAUCAAAUGUAGGAGUCGUUUGUUAACUAUAUUAUGGAGCUGUAGAAAAUACAAAAUACAUUGAAUGAAAUAACGUUUAAGGAAAGAAGUUAGAAAGAAUGAAGAUGAUGUACUAUAAUGUAGCAGCUUGUCUACUUGUCAUCGCAGUGUCAAAUGACAUGGUAUUAUCAUGUCCUAGCGAUUGUUCCUGCAUCACAAAUAACAAUGGGGUAACUGUAGAUUGCAGUUCCAGAGGACUGACUGUUAUUCCACGAAACUUUCCAAAUGACUCAUACCGCAUAGAAAUGAAUAAUAAUCCCUUUACUACCAUAGAAAAAGGUACCUUUCAGAAUUUGACAUUACUAUAUAGUGUAUUAAUCUUUGGGUCUAACUUAUCAACAAUCGAAACAGGCGCGUUUAUUACUUUGCCGAAUCUUUAUAUCAUAGACUUAGAAGACAAUCACAUAACUAUAAUACAGCCAGGAGCAUUUAAACAUCUACCAGCGAUAUACGCUAUAUAUUUGUUCAGCAAUCAAAUAAAUGCAAUACAACGUGGAAUAUUUGACAACCUACAAGCGCUUAUCCGACUAUCGUUGUACAAUAAUCAAAUAACUGCACUACAACGUGGAAUGUUUGGCAACCUACAAGCACUUACCGAACUAGAUUUGCGUAACAAUCAAAUAACUACAAUACAGCAGGGAGCAUUUCAAACCUUAUCAGCACUGCAGACACUAGACUUGUUAGGAAACAAUCUGACAUUUAUCAAGAACGACACUUUCGAACAUAACACUAACUUACAAUAUUUGUAUCUUGAUCUAGUAUGUGAUUGUAACUUUCCCUUUUGGUCCUGGCUAAAAUCAAAAUCUUUGUUUAAUGAUGUUGGUACCUGUGUGGAUCGGGAUAAUAUAAAACUGUCAAGUCUACACGAAAGUGAUUUCGAUAAUUGUACCUACGUUUCGUGUUAUCCUGACUAUUGUUCAAAUGGUGGAUCUUGUAGUCAAAACAGCUAUGGUGAUUUAGUAUGCUCUUGUGUCGGCGGUUGGAUCGGUACUACAUGUACAGGUGAAUAGAAUAUUAACAGUAUAGAAAGAUUAUGAAUUUGAGAAUGAAAAUGGGGAAUGCUUCAAAGAGACAACAACCCGACAAAAUAGGAGACAACAUCAGGAGGCCACCAAUUGGUAUUUGAAACAGCUAGAAAAUCCCGCACCCGGAGUCGGGCUUCAGCUGGCCCCUAAACAAACAUGUGAACUAGUUCAGUGAUGACGGACGUCACACUUAACUUCAAGACAUAUAAAUGAACUAAAAUCUAAAAAAAAAACAUACAAGAUUAACAAAGACCACAGGCUCCUGAAAGGCGGCAGUGUUAAAGAUGUUUUGUGAGAUCUCAACCUUUCCACUAAACCUCUAGCCAAUUUAGAAUAAUAUUCCAUGUUUCUAUGUCAAUACCUAUUAAAUUCUGAUGGAAAUACAACUGCAAUCAAUUGCUACCUAAAAAAAGAACUGAAUUUUCCAAUUGAUACUGAUAUGAUUUUUUUAAAAAUAAAACAGACAAUACAUUAACUUUAUAUAAUAUGUUAUGGUCAAUGUUUAGUGAAAACUAUAAGGUUAAUUUUAAAAGCAAUUUGUAAUUUAAAUAUCAUUAAAAGUGUUACAUGCAUACCGUAUUUAUUUAAUUGCUUGUAAUUUCUAUAAUCAUAAUUGUAACGUGCGUAUUGCACACCAGUGUUUGAUAUUAUAUAGACAUAAUAUAUUGCUUGUACAAUUUGGAUGAGAAUGAACAAAACAAUUAAAAGAUGGAUUCCAGACACAUGAAUAUAAUGUAUUAUCAAAAGUUGGUUGGACUAAGAAAAGCCUUAGUCGGCUCGUUGAAAUAAAAAAAAAUAAAAAUCAUCUUAAUCUAUGUUAAACGUUCCCAUUUAUUGCUUCUUUACAUAUAUAACUAUCAUAACGCUUCACAGUGUAAUGUAAAUGUUUGCUAAAUGCUUUGUUAUAAUAUACGCAUAUACUAACCUUAUCUAUAUAGACAGAGAUUAUCAAAUUUAAUAUUGUCGAAGUUAUAUUAAUUAAAAAUAACUGUUAUUCAUAUGAACACUGUUUUUGUAUUUCAAGUGAAUGUAUUGCAUAGUUUAUGUUAUUCUAUAACUUUAAAUUUCUUUUUAUCACAUCCAGGUUAAGUAACACUAAAUAAAUGUAUAUACUUUCAUCGUCAGUAACGCAAAUUUAAACAAUACAAUAAGAUUAUAUCUUAACUAUCAUCGUAAAGAUCUUGUAGGUUAUUUUUUUGUUAAUUUAGAUAGAUGUAAGAUGAGGUAUGAUUGCCAAUGAGACAACUCUCAAUCCAAGUCACAAUUUGUAAAAGUAAACCAUUAUAGCUCACGGAGCCUUGGCUCACACAGAACCGCAAGCUAUAAAGGGCCCCAAAAUGACUAGUGUUUAUCUAUUAAAACAGAAAAACCAAAGGUUUAAUCCAUAUAAAAAACGAGAAAAGAGAUACACUUAUGAAUCACAUCAACAAACGAUAACCACUGAACAUCAGGUUCCUGACUUUGAAUAGGUGCAAACAAAUGCACCAGAUUUAAACGUUUUAAUAGAAGCCAACCUUCACCCUUACCUGAUCAAUAACAUCACAACAUAGAGAACACACUAUGAAAAAUCAAUUUAAAUGGGAUAACUAGAUCAAAAGACAUAUUAACAAAAACAAUGAACGAAUCAAUUUGAUCUAUGAUACAAUUUAAAUACUAUGUAAAUAAAAGUAUGCUUAUUCUUGUAUUUCACAGGUAUUGACAUGUUUGUGAUUGUGUGAAAUAAAAUAAAAACACAAUACUUGAUAUUCUAUAGCUUUUACUCAAAUUUAAAAACUACAGCUCUAAUAAGAAAAAAGAAAUGCGAUCUACACCAUUAGUGGAAAUGAUAAAGACAAUAACAAUAUCAUUUCAAGCAGUCAAUCCAUCAUUCAUAAAACAAGACUAUAGAUUUAUCAGAAUUAAUCAUCGAAACAUCUAUGGGUAGACUCAGGUGCGCCGAACUGAACCUGUAAGAAGUUCCUAAUGCACUGUUAGAAAAAAAUCACUGCAAGUAAAAGUUGGUGGUAAGUCGACUUUUCUGAUGUCACAACCGAGAAAAGAUGACAGAACCGUGACUGCGACAUGGAACAUGUGCGUAUUAGUCUGUUAACCAAAUCCUUAUCGGUCAACCAAAUUAACUAUCGAGAAAAGUAGUUUGUACAUAUUACUAUCAUAAGCUCAUUGCAUUCAUUUAAUAUUAUGGAAGUGAGAUUUCCUUAUUGCGCUCUUUUUGAGUAUUGCUUGUUUCGUUUUUAUUAUCUUUUCAGCUGUACUGAAAUCUUCAAUAAAUGAGUAUGCAUUAAUGUUUUGUUCGGUUUCAAUUAACUUUAAUAUGUUGAAGUCUACAGGCCACCGAUGAAUUAACAAUAUGCAGAGUUUUGAUUAAUUUUCGACGAUAUCCUCUAAGUCACGUUUUUUACAAAACAAAGAUGAAUAACAUUAACUGGGAAUAAAAAUAACCAAUUCCAACUUUAUGUUAACAAUAAAUGAAUAAAGGCAACAGUAGUAUACCGCUGUUCAAAAGUUAUAAAUCGAUUGAGAGAAAACAAAUCCGGGUUACAAGCUAACAUCGAGGGAAACACAUCAACUAUAAGAGGAAAACAACGAAAAAACAGAAAACAGAAGUGCAACAAAAAACAAACAACAUGCAACAUACAUAGAAACGAACUAUUAGAUAGCAAAUGUCCUAUUCCUGACUUGAUACAUGACAUUUAAAGAGAAAAUUGUGGAUUGAACCUAGCCAAACCUCCGCGCUGUAUAGCAAUGUUAAAUAUACCGCUAUAUGAUUAUUAAUCAACACAUACAGUUUUACUUGAAUGGCACAAUUUAUGUUUUUCAUCUUGGUUAGUCUAUAUUUCUGUCAGAGAUUACAUUGUAUUGAACCAUUGUCCAUGUAUGUGCGAUCAUGUUAUGGUAGGGCAUUUAAUGUCAUAUCUUGGUAAUAUUUCAAUUGAUAUUUGAUAAUUAUUUAUUCAAGCAAAACUACUUUAAAGAUAUUUUUUUUCAAUUUUCAAUUUGAAUUCUGCUUGAAAAAAAAAACAACAGAAAAUUAAAAAAAUAUUGGGGGUGGGGGUGGGUAAACAUAUUACAUUUUAGAUACAAGCUGUUAAAAGUAACUGAAUGAUAUGCCAAUAGUACAAAGAAUAUAUAGGGAAAAACGCAGCCUAGUCUUUUUCUUUUAUUGGUUAACCGUCCAUCAAUACAAAGGAACAAAGUGAAGGUUCAGAAACAGAUAUCUACCGGCUUGUUAGCUGACAUCAGAUGAUAUAAAAACAACAAUACGUAAAAUACAAACAUUAUACAAUGGAAAUAGUAUAAAGGACGAACAACCAGAGCGUAGUGUGAUACAUCACCAGCACCUUUCAUCGGAAAAUCAACUUGAUGUACAUUUCUGGAUAAGUUGAUCUGUUGAUAUGCUAAUACUGCCUGAAGUCCAAGAAAACGUACAACAGAGUUGGAUAAAAUGUGUAGUGCUUUUUUGAAAGACAAUUGAAAGCGUAUUUAGCAAAGAGGACCAGAGCUACAACCUAGUCAGAUUUCAAAUGAACGAGCACUUUACGCAAUCAAAGCUUCAAUCAUCUGACAAAAAUGAGACAACGUUCAAAAGACUCUAGAAGAAACCUCAUCAGAACCUUGUGAAUUUUUAGUUAGUACUUUGAAAUGUCAAACUAACAUGGACUGUAAAUGUAAUUGUACCAUUUGCAAACUUCUAGUAAACAAUGAAAAAAGAAUUAAAAAAAGGAGUUAAAAUUGUAAGAAAUGUGUACAAAGAACAAAAAAAAACACACAAAAUUAAAGAAAAAAGAAAAAAAGAAAAAAAGAAAAAAGAAAAAAGAAAAAGAAAAGAAAAAAGAGAAAAGAAAAG